AUGGGGAGAGUGCACAGCAGCACUUCAUUCAGAGGGGGGGAAAACUGCAUUUACAAGGUUCUGCAUCGACCAAGCUGUAUGACAAGAAAUAACAGAAUGUACUUGGUAGCAAAUAUGCCGGAUCAGCAAGAAUGUAACCGCAGUGAUCCGCAUUGUCCUCCCGAUGGAAGAUACGUUUUCAAUACUGACGUGGUCUUCCGUGAUGACGGGACACUGAUUGCCAAGUAUCACAAACAAAACCUGUAUUUUGAGGCAGCUUUCGAUACCCCACCAGAAUAUGAGCAUGUCACAUUCGACACACCAUUGGCUGGGAAGUUCAGCAUCUUUACUUGCUUUGACAUACUCUUUUACAAGCCUAGCAUAACUUUAAUAGAAAAGUAUAAGGUGAAGCAAAUUCCCUAACCACUACUCUACCCCACUGCCUGGAUGAAUCAGCUGCCAGUACUGUCUGCUAUUCAGAUCCAGCAGUCAUUUGCAACUGCAUUUGUCAUAAUCACAUAUCCAUGUGCCAACACUACCAGUGAGCUCUAUUCCCUCGGUGCUUUUAAUGGGCUGCACACAGUCCACGGUACUUAUUACCUGGAGGUGUGCGCCCUGGUCACAGAGGCUGAAAGCAGUCUCCAUUUACAGGUGAGUGAGAUGCAGCUUGCCACUCCAAACAGCACGGGCUGGGACAGAAGCAGCUACUUCAUGAGUAAGAAAGGCAUGUCUGGUGGGCUUGUAACUGCUGCUUUGUAUGGAAGAGUUUAUGAAAGGGACCAUAAACUGGUGCGAAAAUAG